AUGCCUGGUCUUGACCCAAAGGUAGCGGUUCAUCAUCUCGCAGUUAAACCUGAGGCUCGACCGAUAAAGCAAACACAACGACGCUUUCGGACAGAACUCCUUCCUCAAAUUGAAGCUGAAGUUGAUAAGUUGAUUGCUGCAGGUUUCAUUAGAGAGGUUCAAUAUCCUAAGUGGAUUGCAAACAUUGUUCCUGUCAAGAAGAAGAACGGACAACUCCGUGUAUGCGUGAACUUCCGCGACUUAAAUGACGCGUGUCCGAAAGAUGACUUCCCUUUGCCCAUCAUUGAACUCAUGGUGGAUGCAACAACAGGGCAUGAAGCUUUUUCCUUCAUGGAUGGGUCAUCUGGCUACAAUCAAAUCAGGAUGACCUUAGAAGAUGAAGAGCUUACUGCGUUCCGUACUCCCAAAGGCAUUUAUUGCUACAAAGUCAUGCCAUUCGGGUUGAAAAAUGCUGGUGCAACAUAUCAACGUGCUAUGCAGAAAAUCUUCGGAGACAUGCUUCACAAGUACGUGGAAUGUUAUGUCGACGAUUUAGUGGUCAAGUCAAAAAGGAAGACGGAUCACUUCCAAGACCUAAGAAGGGUGUUUGAUAGACUACGCAAGUACCAGCUCAAGAUGAACCCCCUCAAAUGUGCUUUUGGAGUUAGUUCAGGCAAGUUUCUUGGAUUCAUUGUGAAACAUCGUGGCAUUGAAGUGGACCAGUCAAAGAUUAAGGCCAUUCAAGACAUGCCUGAGCCAAGAAAUCUGCGCGAGUUAAAAAGUCUCCAAGGUCGGCUUGCCUUUAUUAGACGGUUUAUAUCAAACCUCGCAGUGUUAGGUGCACCCAUCCUUGGGAAGCCACUUAUCCUCUACAUUGCUGCUCAAGAGCGAUCACUCGGGGCACUUCUAGCUCAAGAAAAUGAAGCAAAGAAGGAGAGGGCGUUGUAUUACUUGAGUCGAACUCUCACAGGACCGGAACUAAACUAUCCGCCGAGAGAGAAAAUCUGUCUCGCGCUUGUCUUCGCCAUCCAAAAGUUAAGACAUUACAUGCAAGCUUACACAGUGCAUCUAGUGGCGCGAGCUGACCCAGUCAAGUUCAUUAUGUCACAACCCGUCUUGACAGGGCGAAUGGCAAAAUGGGCACUACUCCUCAAUCAGUAUGAGAUCAUCUACAUACUGGCCAAAGCAGUUAAAGGACAAGCAUUGGCUGACUUCCUAGCGGAUCAUCCUAUUCCUGCAGAUUGGGAGAUUUCAGAUGAGUUGCCAGAUGAAGAAGUCUUUAAUACAGAGGUCCUCCCUGCUUGGCAAAUGUUCUUCGAUGGGUCUUCACGAGCAGAUGGGGCAGGAGCUGGUGUGGUCUUCAUUUCUCCGCAAAGGCAGAUAUUGCCUUAUGCCUUUACUCUUGGUGAGUUAUGUUCCACUAAUGUUGCUGAGUACCAAGCGCUAAUUAUGGGACUACAAACCGCAAAUGAAAUGAAAAUCUCAAAUCUAGAGGUGUAUGGAGACUCGAAGUUGGUAGUUGAUCAAUUACUAACUCUCUAUGAAGUGAAGAAAGAGGAUUUAGUUCCUUAUUUUCAGCUCGCCACACAACUCUUAAAGGGUUUUGAUGCUGUCACAUUAACGCACGUGCCAAGAAAAGAAAAUCAAACAGCAGAUGCUUUGGCCAACUUAGCAGCAACUUUGGCAUUGUCAGAGGAUGAAAUCAUACACCUUCCAAUCUGCCAACGAUGGGUCGUACCAACAAUCUCUGAGCUUUGGCAUGAAUACUCCAAUGUUGUCUCUGUUUACGUGAUUGAUGUGGAUGACUGGAGGUACCCAUUGAUUGAUUACCUUGAGCGACAUAAGUUGUCAGAUGACCCAAAGCAACGCUCGGACAUAAGACGACGAGUAUCACGCUUCUUCUACUAUAAGGAGACUCUUUAUCGACGAUCAUUCGAUGGAUUGCUUCUUAGAUGUCUGGGGAAAGAGGAAGCUGCUAAGGCUAUGGAGGAAGCUCAUUUAGGAGUAUGCGGAGCUCACCAGUCAGGUCCUAAGCUCCAUUUUCAAGUAAAGAGGAUGGGUUACUAUUGGCCCAGUAUGGUUAAAGAUUGCAUGGAGUAUGCACAAAGGUGUCAAGCUUGCCAGUUUCAUGCAAACUUCAUCCAUCAACCACCAGAGCCGUUGCAUCCAACGAUUUCUUCCUACCCCUUCGAUGUGUGGGGACUUGAUGCUGUUGGGCCCAUAACUCCGAAAUCCUCCGCCAGUCACUCAUACAUUCUAACGGCUACGGAUUCCUUUUCAAAGUGGGCAGAGGCAGUACCGCUUAAAGAAAUAAAGAAAGAAAAUGUUGUAGACUUCAUCAAAGGGAAUAUCAUUUAA